AAAAAACAAAAAAAAAAACUGCUGGUCGUUGGGCUGUUGCUGGACUUCUGUUGUCGUUCCUGUUUGUGUUGCUGCUGUAAGGACAGGGAAGCUCGGGGUGAAGAGAUGGUGACACAGACCUUACGAUGCUGACCUUCACCCUCAGGAUGGACCAGCACAGGUGAAAGAGAUUUAAAAGCUUAUCAAACAGAGGCAGGAGGGGGGAUGGCAGUGCUCAAAGCCAAACAAUAUUUUCACUAAAUCAAAUCAACAUUUAAACAGAGAGCAAACAGCAGGAAUGGAAAUUAGCAAAAAACUUUAUAUUUGAAAAAUACGAAAGUAUAUUUGUCAAGGGGUGUGCCGCCUAGGUUCUAAUGUAGACAUUGUUUAUUCGGCUGUUAAUUCAAAGUAUGCUUUUCUCUAUUGUAUUCUGAAAAUCUCAAAAGCAGGAAAAUAAAAAGAGAAGUGGUGAUGAUGCCUUUGGCUAAAUUGACGAAAGUAUUUGGAAAGACCAUUAUGGGGAUGAGACAAGACAACCUCUUCAGUUCUGCUGUGGUUGUUGUAGGUGUCUAUAUAACAGGUCCUCAGCCACAAGCUUCAUCAUUUCUAAGACAGACUUUCUAGGACACUUCUACGACCUCAGUCAGGCCGUUUUUUGUGUACAAAGUAAGUGUUGUGUGCAUGCGCAAGACAAAAGAAAACAAUAUUUUGUUCCAUUUUAUUUCUAUCUUGCGAAACAAACGAGAGGAGAGUAAAAUGCCUGAAGCGUAUUUUUUCGACUGUCUGAGAACAAUCGUGUUUCACAUCUGAUAAUCUGGUCUUCAAAAAUUCCAAGCUACAUAUUUUUCUAAAGCUGUUACAGAAUGUAACUUCACAUUCCGCAGAUAUAGUCUUUAAUACAGAAUUAUUCUCCAAUAAGAUAGCCUUAAACUGCUGAGGAUGUAACUUGUCGAACACUUUGUCUGUACAGCCGUGUGGACAGACUUCAGAUCACAUGAUCAGACUAAUUAGUGAGAUCACAAUUUGUAUGUCACCACGUCGGGACCUUCAGGACACACAGGGCUUCCGGUGUAAUGGCAGGCCUGAUGACCACCCAUCUCACCCAAGUGGAGCUGAUCAGUGGCAAAAAAGGAGAAUUUGUCGUUAUGACAACGACUUCGGUACCCUCUGACCUCAUAUCGUGGGAGGAGGUCCGCUUGAUAAGACUGGUCAUCGCCUUUCUUAUCACGGUUCUGCAGCUGCUGCUGGGUAUCCCUGGCAACGUGCUCAGCGCCCUGGUGUUCUACAGACAGGGUCUGAGAGAGAGGAUCAACCUGUGUCUCUUUGCCCUGGCACUCACUGACCUCGUGGUCAGCCUGUACUACGCCCUCCUCACCAUGGAGGAGCAGCUGCGCGAACUGUUCCUCCUCGACGCUUGGUUGGUGAAAAUCCAUUUUGUAGCUUUCGUCGGGUUCCUGUGGGCCUCGCAGUUCCUGUCGGCUGUGAUCGCCAGUGAGCGGUGUUUCUGUGUCGUCAGUCCCUUCCACGCCAAGAGGCUGCUCAAGACGUCCACCAUGGCCGCCAUCAUCGUCGUCUGCUGUGGUUUCCUUAUUGGCGGAUUCUGCUCCAUUGUGAUAGGCAGGUUCUCGGCCGCCAGCGUCCUGGACCCUGUCACCAACACCACCAAGACAAAGUUCUACGUCACGAGGUAUUAUCUGGAUAACCAGAAAGUGAUUGAAGCUGUCGACGUCUUCGUCUACGCCACUGCAUUGCCGUCCAUCUUUUUCGUCAUCAUCGUCGUCACGACAGUCGUCGUCGCCGUCAAACUUCAGUCCGCUCUGGCGUGGAGGAACUCUGUAGCCACAUCGGAGACAACGCAGGUCUCAAAGGACGUGUCCACAUCCAAAGCGAGGCUGUCGAGUAAAGAAGUGGCGGUGACCCGGAUGUUGAUAGGCACGUCACUCGUCUUUAUCGCGUGCGCCAUUCCUAACCUGGGCGGUCAGCUGGCCACUUUCAUAGUGCCAGACCUCAGCUACACAGGACGGUAUUAUAACCUACAUUCUCUCAUGUGGGCGGUCAUAGGGCUAUUUCGGUCGAUAAACUCGUCUCUAAACUUCGUCGUCUAUUACGUCAUGAGUUCAAAGUUCAGAGAGACGCUGUACACGUCACUGGGCUGCUGGUGCAAAGGUCACAAGUCUCGUGCAGACGUUAGCUGUGAUAGUAAGUCCUCACACAAUGUCAAGUCCCUUGCAUAG